CCUUCGUUUUUCAAUCAAUCAAAUAUUCAGUAAUCAUGAUAAACUUCAAACAAUGUCUUCCUCUCAUUUGUGCCAUUCUCUUGGCUAACACGUACUCUUUCCAAUUAGUUGAAUCCUGUCAUGCUAUAGACAAAGCAGCACUGCUUGAUUUCAAGCAUAGAAUCAAUGAUGACCCAUCGCAGCUCCUCCGCACUUGGGUCAACAACACUGACUGCUGCACCGCGUGGGAGGGCAUUGAUUGCAACCCUACCAACGGACGAGUAGUCAACGUUUCAUGCUCCGGCCUCCAAUCGGGUGAUGACUUCAUUCUGGACACCUCCAUGACAGGUACAAUUUCCCCUUUGCUUGGUAACCUUGCCUAUCUUCAACUCCUUGACCUUAGUAACCUUAAAGAGUUAACUGGUCCUAUUCCACCUCAACUAGGUAACUUGUCUCAUUUGACCAAUCUUUUCUUGAACACAAAUAAGCUAAAUGGUUCAAUACCCUCUUCUUUUAGUGGUCUUAAUAAGUUAAAAAAGCUCUAUCUUAACCAAAAUAGCCUCUCUGGCACCAUACCCAACUCUGUUUUUCAGUCAUUCACAUCGAUUUUGGAAUUGGGUCUUUCAGAAAAUCGAUUGUCUGGGCCAAUACCAUCUUCGGUUGUUAAUAUGAUUUUACUUACUAGGCUUGAUCUUCAUGAUAACGUACUCUCGGGCAGGAUACCUUACGACAUUGGAAAACUAAAGAGUCUUACAAAUUUGGAUUUGUCAAUGAAUCGUCUUGGUGGUAGCAUACCAGAUUCUAUAGGUAAACUCUCCCAAUUACGUGAUUUGACCCUCAAUUAUAACAAACUCACCGGACCAAUCCCUUCUUCAAUAGGUCAGCUUGUUUCUAUGCAGGUUUUAGGCCUGUCUAACAAUAAGUUGACCGGUGUUAUACCGAAUUCCAUUGGUAAUCUUCCGAAAAUCCAACAUAUUACCUUAGAGAACAAUAUGAUCACAGGUAAUCUACCACCAAGUCUAGGACAUCUUACUACAUUAAUCAACAUGCUCUGUUCAAAUAACCGAUUUGUAGGCAAAAUACCGAGAAGUUUUGGCAAUCUAAGGAGCCUCAUGGCCUUAGAUUUGUCAAAAAAUCAACUUGUCAGCCCAGUCCCACAUCAGCUUACUAAAGUAAAGGAUUUGCAAAUGCUCGAUUUGUCAUAUAAUCCACUUGCUUUAGUAAACAUUCCAAGUUGGUUGUCCAAGUUAAAUGUGUUUAGGCUAUCGUUAGCCAAGACUGGGCUCAAAGGCGAGCUACCCCAGUGGCUAUCCUCCUCUUCUAUAGGCUAUCUCGAUUUAUCGAGUAAUAAACUUACAGGGAAAUUGCCUACAUGGAUAGGGAACAUGACUCAGUUAUGGUUCUUUAACGUAUCCUAUAAUGGAUUCUACUCUACCAUUCCAAAGGAAUUGAAGAAUAUUUUAUUACUCUCAGACCUUGACCUUCACUCAAACAAGUUCUCAGGUUCCUUGGAUAUUAUUUUCGACAAGAGUGUGGAUGAACCACGAGGACAUUAUAACUCCAUCGAUGUGUCUAGCAACAUGUUCACAGGUCCUAUUGAUAAAAAUAUUGGUAAUAAGAUCGCCAUGGACUCGAUCACUUCCUUGAUCUUGUCAAAUAAUCCAUUAGGAGGACAAAUACCAGAGUCAAUUGGGAACUUGACACGGCUGCAAGUGUUGGAAUUGGUGCGCAACGGGUUAUCAGGAACAAUCCCAGAAGAAAUUGGAAAUGCUAAAGAACUGAAUACAAUCAAAUUGUCAAGGAAUUACUUGAGUGGAAGUAUUCCAGAGAAGGUGAUAAAUUUGGAGAAGUUGGGAGUGUUUGAGGUCUUAAGAAAUAAACUAAGUGGAGAGAUUCCAGUGCAUAAGGGUAACUUUCCUGUUUCUGCAUUUUUUGGUAAUCCUGGUCUAUGUGGUGCUCCACUCUCACCUUGUAAGCCUUCAUAGGUAGCUCAUACACAAUAUCGAGUAUCUGUACACUCCAAAGUCGAUUGUGUUUUCUUUUCUAAUAGUGUUUGAAUAUCUAAAAAUCCUGAGUGGAUUAAUCUGCAUAUUGUUUACUGCA